AUGGCUGCUACCAACCUAGAAUGCCUCCUGGCAAUGGUGGCAUGCGCCAAAGGUAUAGGCGUGCCACGUGGCUCUGGGAUGUUCAGACAGGCCUUGCGUGCCAUCGCAUUCCUCAGCCAGGACAAGAUCACCGCCAAAGUGGACUACUUGAAGAACACAUUCAGAUGGUCGGAUGCUGAGGUGGGCAUUGCUAUUUCUAAGGCUCCAACGUUGCUGACCAGGAAUAAGGAAUCGCUGCAGCGCAGUCUGGUCGAGAAGGUAUUUGUGGAGAAAUUCAUAUGCCCUUACAAGGAAGUUGCACAACACCUCGCUGAAGACUAUGCAGCUGCUUGCAGAGGGGAAGUGCCGACUAGACUCAGAUUUGCAUGA